AUGCCGGUCCCAAGCUGGACCGGUUUCCUUUUCCUGCCUCCUGCCGCAGUACUACCCACACCACAGCAGCACACUAGACAGCAAAAGCGCUGUGCGUAUAGGCAGCAUAGAUACCUUCCCCCGCAGUAUGACUUGCUGCAGCACGCAGCGCCAGCAGCGAUAGAAACGGCAGUGGCAGCAGGGGCGGGCUUACUUCACCACAGCCUACCAUACCGCAACCUGCCAUGCCUUUGUCAUAUCCCCUCUUUUCCCUGUCACCUCCCCUGUCCCACCCCACCUCCCUGUCCCCUCCCCCUGUCUCACCCCUUCCCCAACACAGCAAGGCCAGCACCAGCCAUCAGAGGCGGAGUUCCUCUCUCUCAUACUUUGCUGGUUCCUCUCUCACUGCGUUACCCCCAUCCCAAUUAUCAUCACCCUGUCUUUCCUUGCCGUCUGCGGAAGGUUCCGUGGCAGUGGCGCGCACUUCGCCUGACCCCACUAGUACGAGGACCUAUCACGCCAGGCCAAGGCGCGCUCGCUCAUUCCCCUGCAGCACCUCAGGAGGCCGCUGCAGUCCCCCUUGCCGAGGUUCGCCUAGGCAUGGGCAUGGUCACAGGUGAGUGGACUCCCCGCCACGUCCCCACUCCUGCACCCCCACCUGUGCCUUCAAGCCGUCACCCCAAUAAUCACCCCUUACCCAUCUGCCCUUGUCUGUCCUCUUGCCCUCACUCCCUCCUGCUCCUACCCCGCUCUCCGCAUGCAGAUGAGUUGACUCACCUGAGUGGCCCCACUGCUGCUCUCCCACCUGUGCUUCCACGGCAACCGCUCGCCGUCCUCUUGAUAACCUGCUAUGGGUGGGGGAGCGGUGCCAAAAAGGCAGGUGCAAGCAGUGCGGCACAGUGGCUUGCAUUGUGCGAUACAACGGCCCGGGCAAGGUAA